UUUUUGUCCUUGACAUUGAACCAGCAAACAUCGCAGCACCAACAACGACGACAACAACGACGAGCAGUGAGCGAUUUCGACGCGUUUUCCGUGCGAUUUAAAUCGCCAGUUUGUGAUCUGUGUGACGUGAACAGCAAUCCGAGUGCAACAAUUUUGUUAUUAAUAAAUAUUCAUAACAUUGCACAUAGUAAUGCGUUUUUAUAUAACGAGACCAAAACAGCCGCCUUCAACCCGCCACAGACGAUCAUGCCACAUGUUGUUCACCGCACUCCUUGCUGCCAGCCUCUGGACACGCCCCGUCGCUAGUGGACGCGUCUCAGCCGCACCUGUCGUCGUUGCCGACGAUGAUGAAAUGAUGGAAUAUGCACCAGAAUAUGAGCAUCCUGAAUACGCAUUCAGCUAUGGCGUCAAGGAUCUGCACACCGGCGAUGUUAAAUCGCAAUGGGAAUCACGUGACGGCGACGGGGUCAAGGGUCAUUACAGCAUACUCGAACCUGAUGGAUCCAUACGCACCGUGCACUAUACCGCAAGUGCCAAGAAGGGUUUCAAUGCUAUCGUCAAAACUGUUGGCGCAAAUUCGCAUCCGAUAACAGAAUCUCCAGAGGGCGAAAAUAGUCCAAACGAUGAUUCAUCACAGUCGAAAAUCAAUCACUACAGCAAAGAUCAAGAGCACAUUGUGCUCAGCUCCGACAUAAAGCCGCUGAAGAAGCCCAUCGAGGAUCUAACCCACUCGCAUCCCAAGAUACCAAGUUUAAUUGAGUUCAAGCCACAUGCGCGCAUCAAGCAGGUGCCCAUGGAGAUGGAUCCGGAUAUUAGGAAUCGCCUGCAGCAGGCAAGGAAUAAUUACUACAAGGAGAUUGCAGCGGCACAGAAACUGGAGGAUGAUUAUUCACCCAAACUGCAGCCAAAUUUCGGUGUGCAGGAAAGUGAUUGGAAGGCUGUGAUUGUCAACGAGCCCAAAGAGUAUCGACCGCACUAUAGCACAAGUCAACCCCAUCAGCAUCCCUACUAUGAGCACUACAAGCCCAAGGAUUUGCCACAGAACUAUUUGCACAAGCCAUCGGUGCCUCAGCAAGGAUUGCACACAAGCUAUUCGCCUUCACCCUCGAAGCCACGACACGGCGGCAGUUCGGAGCCCAUCUCUAAUCACAUACACCAGAAGAAGAUCGUGCACACCACGCCCGGCCUGAAGCAUUACAAGUACAAGGGCAUCACCAAGAGCUACAGCCGUCCCGAUUACUCCAGCUACUUCCAGCGCAAGCCAAAGAAGCUGCGCGGCAGGACGCUCGCCUACAAGGAGCGACCACGUCCAGCCGAGGGCUCUGGUCCUGUGCUCUUCCCCGAGCCCCUGGACGAUGACUACGAGGAGUUCUCCGAUUCUGACGAGCAAGGCUCUGCCUCAGCCAGUCUAGUGCAGUCGAUGGUGAAGCGGGAUAAACAGCACAUGGUGCCCAUGUAUGCUAGAGGUCAUCAGUUUGCAGCGGCCAGCUAUCGGAAUCUGGAAGGCGUGUGAAGGGGGCGCAAAGGAUGCCAAUGAAAUUGUGGGGUUUUUUUGUUAACUGUUUCCUUUACGUUUGUUAAUCUUAUUUUAUUUAUUCGUAAUUUAUUGUUAUUGUUUAGUUAACGGUUUCGAAAUAAAUGCGUUUCUCUAAAGCGGCAAGUUCUGUUAGAGAAACAAGUUGUAAA